GCAAAGUAGCGUUGACUGCAAGCGGAAACGGAGUGUCGUGUCGUCGUCGUCGUCGCCAGUGCGUGGUGUUGCUGUUGCUGUUGCUGUAGUUGUGGUGUGGUGGGGCAGGCAGCCCUAAAUCACGUGUAUAAUAAAAGGAACUUCUACUACCAGCAUUUAUUUGCCAUUUGCCGUGGCGGCAUACGACACAACCGCCAAGCAUUGACGUUCCCGGGAGUUGGCCGUAAUUCAUCCAAUACUUGACGAUGGCGGGUAAGAGCGACAAGGAAAUUCUGGCCAACUCGAUGUACGAGGAUGAUCCCAAUGGAAAUUCAGCGCCAGCCACAACCAAGGACCAAGAAUCCGAUCAGAGGCAGGAGGUACUCAAAGCGACCAAUGUGACUCCCCCAUCGGCGGCGCCACGUUGGGGACCACAGAACAAGGGCGCCCAGGAGCUGGCCUCUUUGUACAGUCCAGGAAAGCGGGCCCAGGAAAUCAUUUGCGUGUACACCUGCAUAGGCCUCAUGAUCAUCAAUCUGAUACUGAUUGUCCGGCACAUGCGACUGGAGAGGAUUAGUGUGGCCAUUGUGUCCGCAUUGUGUGGCAUCAUAACAGCAGACUUUGCUUCUGGUCUGGUCCACUGGGCAGCAGAUACCUGGGGUUCUGUGGACUUGCCCCUAAUUGGCAGGAAUUUCCUGCGUCCGUUUCGCGAGCAUCACUUGGACCCCACAUCCAUAACGCGCCACGAUUUCAUUGAAACGAAUGGUGACAAUUUUAUGGUUGGAAUACCCAUCCUUGGGUAUUUGGCGCACUAUUUCUACAUUCGAUCGCCCAGCGAGAUUCAGCUACAUUUUGGCUGGAUAGCCUAUGUAUUUCUUUGCUCCAUAUUUGUGGCCAUGACAAAUCAGAUUCACAAAUGGUCACAUACCUACUGGGGUCUGCCACGGUGGGUUCUGUUACUGCAGAGCUGUCACAUUAUUCUACCAAGGAAGCAUCAUCGUAUACAUCAUGUGGCACCGCAUGAGACGUACUUUUGCAUAACCACGGGAUGGUUGAAUUGGCCGCUGGAACGUAUAAGAUUCUGGUCUACUUUUGAGCUUGUUAUUGAGCAUUUUACGGGCCUAAAGCCACGCGACGAUGAUAUGAAAUGGGCCAAGAAACUCACAUAAUGCUUUUUGCUACCCUCAGCGACUGUAUAUAGGAAAUCCUGGACCAAAAUCAGCCUUAUAUUUAUAAAAAAUGUUAUUUUGCACAACAAAGUAGCUUUAAAUUGAGAACAGAUUACAUAUAUGUAUGUAUAUGAAGUUAACUGAAGAAAUCGCAGUUUUUAGUUGCAUCCUCACAAUGUUCGUUAACAAAUAGUUGAAUAUCUAAGCUUAAGCCUUGGACAACACUUCGCACACACACACUAGACACUAGAAGCGCAUAAAGAACCACAAUCACUGAUCUCUUUUACGAGUGAGAGCCUUAUGUAUACCUGUGUACUAAAUAGUGAAAUGAAACAAACGCUUGUUAAAACAUUUUGAUAUCUUUACAAAAAGAAGAAGUAAUAAUGCAUAAUGCAAUACAAAUCCCCUAUACAUAAGCUUAAACAGAGGAAAUGAUUUUUAUACCCAGAUCCUAAAUGAAAGACAUUCUCAAAAAAUUGCGUCAUAGCCUGCAAAAGAUACAUAUAUACAAACGAUGAUAAGUUAUAAACAAAUAGUUACGACUAGACGAUUAGGCGCUGUAUGCAAUCAAGAAAGUUACUUACAAAACGAUUUUUACUCGUAUAAGAGGCAUACACAAUGUUUUGGAAUAAGCUAAUGACACACUUUUAGUGGCAUGUAUUAACUUUAGUGCAAUCUAGAAAAGGGAGAAUUUACUUAUAUGUAUUUGUAAAAUUUGUUACCAAAAAGAGCCAGCUACUCGCAUCUCUCUGGCCGCUUAGGAAAGUUGUAUGUACAGUGUGGAGCAGCCGCCGUCGUUGUUUUGUGAAGCGUGCCAGCAGUUAGUUGCUUAUAUAAUUUAGUACACUAAAUUCUAAGAGAGCAAUAUUAAUUGUGAUGCAAGUAAAAUAUAUUAUGAUCCUAAUUCAAUUAGAAA